AUGCAGAGGCCGGCUUUGCCACGGGACCGAGUCAUGCGCCUGUUGAACACUCUGACGUCAUUGAAGAAGUAUCUGGAGAAGGGGGCUGUGACUCGUGAAAGCUCAUCCCCCGCCGGAAAUUUUGGAGGCCGGCUGCAGCCGGGGCCGCUCCCUCGCCGGCCGGUGCGCUUUUACGCGCACCUGCGCGUAAAAGCGCACCGGCCGGCGAGGGAGCGGCCCCGGCUGCAGCCGGCCUCCCUGCAAGGCCAGGCGGAGGAGGCGUCCAGCCAAGCGCGCUCCCGGCCGGCGGCGCGCCCGAGCCGUCCCCGGGGCGGGCGCGCGCCCGGAAGGGGGAGGCGCGCGGCGGAGGCACGUGGGGAUGCAGCUGGCGGCGCCUUGGCGGAGGCUCCGGCCCGCGCUGGCCAGGCUGGCCCCGUUCCGGCCCAUGUCAGCGAGCGCCUUGCUUUUUAUGAAAAGUUAAAAGCCGCAGCGGAGGGAAAGCGUGCCCAGCGAGUCUCCGAAGAGAGCCGGCCGAUCCGGAUUUCCCUGCCGGGUGACAGAGCCGUGGAGGGGGAGGCCUGGAAAACCACACCGUAUCAGGUGGCGCUGCGCAUUAGCCAGGGCCUGGCCAAGACUGCUGUGACUGCGCGUGUCAACGGGAGCCUCCAUGACCUUGAUCGUCCGCUGGAGGGGGAUGCCGAGUUGGAAUUUGUAGAUUUCGAGUCCCAGGAUGGGCAAGCACUCUUCUGGCACUCCAGUGCCCACGUCCUGGGAGGGGCCGCCGAGCAUUUCUAUGGGGCUCUCCUUUGCCAUGGGCCCAGCAUCGAGAGCGGCUUCUUUUAUGACAUGUACUUGGACAAAGAAAGGACUGUGUUGGGAAAAGACCUGCCGGAGUUGGAGAAGAUCUGCAAGGGCAUCAUUGAAGAGAAGCAUCCCUUUGAGAGACUUGAGGUGACCCAGGAGGAACUGAAGGAGCUCUUCAAGCACAACAAAUUCAAACUGCACAUAAUCGAUGAGAAGGUAAAGUCUCCAACUACCACAGUAUACAGGUGCGGCACCUUAAUUGACCUGUGCCGUGGCCCCCACGUCAGGCAUACGGGCAUGAUCCGAGCAUUGAAGCUCCUGAAGAAUGCCUCUGCCUACUGGCAAGGAGACUCUUCUGCGGAGACCUUGCAGCGGAUCUACGGCAUUUCCUUCCCCAGCACCAAGCAGCUCUCCGAGUGGGAGCGCACCCAGGAGGAGGCUGCCCGGCGGGACCACCGGCGGAUCGGCAAGGACCAAGAGCUAUUUUUCUUCCACGAGCUGAGCCCUGGAAGCUGCUUCUUUCUUCCUAAGGGGGCACACAUCUACACGACCCUCGUGGACUUCAUUAAGAGGGAGUACCUGAAGCGUGGCUUUUCCGAAGUCAUCACCCCCAACAUCUACAACGCGAAGCUGUGGGAGGUCUCUGGGCACUGGCAGCACUACGGGGAGAACAUGUUCUCCUUCCAGGUCAACAACGAGACGCUGGCCUUGAAGCCCAUGAACUGUCCCGGGCACUGUCUGAUGUUUGGCCAUCGCCCGCGAUCCUGGAGAGAGCUGCCCCUCCGGCUGGCUGACUUUGGGGUCCUGCAUCGAAACGAGCCCUCGGGAUCCCUGAGCGGGCUGACGCGAGUGCGCCGGUUCCAGCAGGACGACGCCCAUAUCUUCUGUGCCAUGGAUCAGCUGGAAGGAGAGAUCCUCGGUUGCUUGGACUUCCUGCAAGCCGUCUAUUCCGUUUUUGGGUUUGCACUACACUUCUACCUCGCCACCCGCCCUGAGAAAUUUCUAGGGGACUCUCAUCUCUGGGAUCAGGCCGAGCAGCUGCUGGAGAAGAGCCUCCAGGACUUUGGCCAACCUUGGGAGCUGAGCCCUGGGGAGGGGGCUUUCUACGGGCCAAAGGUGGACGUUCAGAUCAAAGAUGCCCUGGGCCGGCAUCACCAGUGCGGCACCAUCCAGCUGGACUUCCAGAUGCCUCUCCGCUUUGAUCUCACUUUCACCAGCCAAGACAGCGGAGCUCCCCAGAGGCCAGUGAUGAUCCACCGGGCGGUCCUGGGAUCUGUCGAGAGGAUGCUGGCCGUCCUGGCUGAGAACUACGGCGGAAAGUGGCCUUUCUGGUUGUCCCCAUCCCAAAUAAUGGUGAUCCCCGUGGGCCCAGAUGUGGAGGGCUACGGGCAUGAGGUCCACCAGCUGUUUCGCCAGGCAGGAUUCAUGGCGGACGUGGAUGCCGACUUCGGGUCGACCCUCAAUCGCAAGGUCCGGAAAGCGCAGCUGGCCCAGUACAACUUCCAGUUCGUGGUCGGCCGGCAGGAGAUGUCCAACCGCACUGUGAAUAUCCGCAGCCGCGACACUCGCCAGCACGGCCAGCGGGAUUUGCAGGAGACUCUGGGCAGGCUCCGGGAGCUGCAGGACAACCGGGUCAGAAACGUGGAGGAGAUCAUCUGA